AUGUGGCUCCCAGUACUGCUGAUACACUUUGCUGUGUGUUCGUGGGCGUGCUUGAGAGUGCUUGUGUACGCCUGCCGAUGGCGCACGCGCCGACGGUACGGCGUUGCUCCUGGUGCAACCACGGUUGGGUUUUUCCAUCCGUUUUGCGCCGGCGGAGGCGGAGGGGAGCGGGUCCUGUGGCGUGCGGUGCACACGCUUUCCCGCCUGUCCGACGACAUAGGGACACCUCUUCACGUGCUGAUCUACACCGGGGACGUUGACAUCAAGCCCGAAGACAUCCUCUCGAGAGUUGCGAGACACUUCGACAUAUCUGUCGACCCCGCCGCUCUCCCCGUAAGCUUCGUCUACCUUCGGAGGCGGCGGCUCUUGGAUGCGAGCUUGUACCCGUUACUCACCAUGCUGGCGCAGAGCUUGGCGUCCAUGGUCCUCGCCGCCGAAGCCCUCUGUCGUGGCACCCCGGACUUGUUCAUCGACACGACCGGAUUCGCAUUCUCGUUUCCAGUUGCCUGGCUCGCUGGGUGCUCGGUUGCGGCAUACGUGCACUACCCGACGAUCAGUUCGGACAUGCUGUCGCGAGUGCGGGACCGGCGCCCCUCCCACAACAACAGCGCCUGGAUCGCCUCCAGCGUGGCCGUGUCGUGGGGUAAGCUCCUGUACUACCGCGCGUUCGCGUGCAUGUAUGGGGUCGCGGGCGGCCUCUUCGCGUCGAGAGUAAUGGUCAACUCGUCGUGGACAAGGGGGCACAUCGCUGCCCUUUGGAGGCGCUCUCGCCCCCCCACCGUUGUGUUUCCUCCUUGCGACACUUCGGAGCUCGAGAACCUCCCGAUCAACAGCGAAGCCCGAGAACGCUGUGCCCUCUCGGUGGGACAGUUCAGGCCAGAGAAGGAUCACGGUCUGCAAGUCUGGGCUCUAGCAGCCCUCCGAAAAAUCGGCAGAGACCGUGGCGGCGAGCCGCCUUGUUUUGAUGAUGUGCGGCUGGUGAUCUUGGGCGGUUGUCGCAAUGAUGGCGACCGAGCGGUGCUUGAGAGGACGCGAUCGCUGGCGGUCGAUCUCGGGGUGUCGGACCGGGUGGAGUUUGUCGUGAACUGUAGCUUCGACGAGCUUAAGGCGUGGCUGGGGCGGGCCAGCGUGGGGCUGCACACGAUGUGGAACGAGCACUUCGGGAUCGGCGUGGUGGAGAUGAUGGCCGCGGGGGUGGUGACCAUCGCUCAUCGGUCGGGGGGACCCGCGGCGGAUAUUGUCGUCCCUCUGCCGGAUGGCCGCAUCACGGGGUUCCUGGCGGAGACUCCGCAAGAAUACGCCGAGGCCAUGGCGAGGGUCUUCAGCGAGAACGGUCGGAUGCCUACGACGGCCGCCAGAGGUAGCAGCAGGACAAUAGGGGAUCAACUACCGGAAGGAGAGGGCGGCGAAGCCGUUCAAGGAAAAGGCCUGGUGUUGCAGCAGCAGGCCGAGGGUGCAGGAAGCAACCAUGCUUGUGACAGCGGCGGAAACGCGGAGCGACAGAAGCAAGCGGGGGAGGGUGGUGGCGAACAAGGCAAAGAAGAGGAAUUGCUGUCCGCACUCGCUUGGAAGCAGCACCUGGAUUCAAAAGGUGACCACGCUUUGCCGGGUGAAAACGUCGGUGCUCAGCCGGACAAGAGCACCAUCGUGGUGCGUACCUUCCGGCAGCAAGAGUAAACUUUAUCUUCAUUUACGCUCAUCCCAUUUGAACAGAAUCCCAGCACGGGUUGGUUGAGUUCACUUCUGCCCUCACGCACAAGCCGACAUCGAAAGACACGGUCACCAUGGCACCAUGGUCGGUUGACAACGCACUUCGUUCCUGACGUACUGAUUGCUACGGCAGUUUUUGAGUUCAAUGCCGCCCGGCCUCGCGCGCGCCGAACGACCCAAACAAAAUAAAAAUAAAAUCACACCACAACAAUCCGUCGCCGUCGUCACCAAUGAAGGUUAAUAACGUUCAAAAUUCGCAAGAACUGUUCCCUCACAAACCGCCAGAAAAAAAGUUUGAGGUAGUUGUGUACGCUCAUCGAGAUGCGAAAAGAGUGACACAUGAGGACCCAUCCAUCCAUACAUCAACACGUGACCCUGCGCUAAUCCACACAAAGCGGUCAAGAGAGGAGCACGCAAGCCACCCAAUGAACACAAAGGGCAAGUUACAUCUCUUGGCAAGGCGCCGGAACCAUCAACAGGAGGCCUUGCCUUCCCAGCACGAUCUUGCAGCUCCCCUGCCAAGAAACGUUUGUGAGGCAACGGUUGCGUUUCCUCCGGAAACACCACGACGGAGCUUUUUCGAACGAACAGCAGUUGUAACUCUACGAGACGCAAGAGUAUGAGACCGUUGACUCCACAAAACAAAAAUAAGCUCGAGACCUUCCGGAUCAUUAUUCAGCGAGCC